AGAAACUUUAUUUCUUGAAACAGCAUAGAAUAACAUGGAGUCCAACGACAGCUCUGUAGAUUCGUGUUAUGUUCAUAUCUUCAGCAGCGCAGAAAUCUGGAUUACGUCAAUCGCUUACGUCAUCAUCAUCAUAGCUUCUGUUAUUGGUAACUGUCUGGUCACGUGGGUGGUCUAUUCCAGCCCUCUGAUGAGAACGCCGAGUCACUACUUCAUCGUAAACAUGGCUGUUGCUGAUUUGCUUAUUACAGUCUUUGGGAUGCCUGUGGCGGCAAGGGAGCAAAUCAUAAGCACCGACGCCAUUGACUUUGGAGGGAUCCGAGGGGAGAUAUAUUGCAAAAUGUUGGAAUAUACUAAAGAUGUGUCAAUUUCCUGUUCCAUACUUACACUUGUCGCCAUAGCAACUGAUAGGUUCUGCGCUACCUUAAUUCCCUUUAAAAGGCUUAUCACGUUAACCAAAGCCAAGGUUAUGAUGUUUUUGAUUUGGAUUGUUUCUCUUGUCGUAACCAUUCCUUUACUCGUUGUGGCCAAUGUUAUAGAGUAUGAGAAUAACAAGUUUUUCUGCUACGAAGACUGGACCGUGUUCCACGACCUCGGAGCCAGCAAAAUGGAACACAGCUACACUAUUGCGUUAUUCAUCAUACUUUAUGCAGCUCCACUGGUCAUUAUCUCCAUCCUCUACGGUGCCGUAAUCAGGAAGAUCUGGAAGAGAAAGAUUCCCGGUCAGACUACGCAUAGUGGAAGACAAAUGCAGCAACGAACCAAGAAAAAGGUGCUUAAAAUCUUCAUGACAGUGGUAGUGUGUUUUAUGGCCUGCUGGUUACCAUAUCAUGUCAUUCUUUUCACCUAUAACUUUGACUGUUAUCCACCCAUUAACCUCUGGUUCUUUGCCCGCUUUCUUGGGCAUACUAACAGUAGUAUCACCCCGUGGAUUUAUAUUAUCUAUGGACGUGAUUAUCGUCUAGGUGCUAAACGUAUUUUGAAAAAGGUUUUGGGUAAAGCAGACCCGCUUCCUUCAUUUUGCAACAGAUCAGUGCAAAUUCCUUCAAAUUUACCUGAUAUUAAUGCUUCAAAUCUCAAUAACGUUACCUUGAAAACUUUCACAAAUAAGAUAUAAACUGAACAUUGACAAAAUAGAAAUAUUAAAACGUGAUAGAAAUAGUUAAACUAUGGGAAAAGGUGGUAUAAUGUACAUAAAUCAAAUGCUUACUUAAUUCUUCAUUCUUGGGGUGCAUGUUACGUCAUACCCACCAUGUUGGUUGACGAUAACAAAGCAUUCAUCAUUACGCGUCUCAUGUUAGAUCAACCAGCAUGGCGGCUAUUUCAUUGUUAUUUAUAUCUUAAAAUAUCUUUUUCGGUCACGUGGUUGCACUCCAAGAUUUUUUUGGGGUGCAUGUUACGUCAUAGCCGCCAUGUUGGUUGACUAGACAAAGCAUUCCUCAUUAAGCUUCUCUUGUUUGAUCAACCAACAUGGCGGCUAUUUCAUUUAAGGAAUUUUUUCGGUCACGUGGUUGCACUCCAAGAAUUAUUGGGGUGUAUGUUACGUCAUAGCCAGCAUUUUGUAUUACUCUGACUUAGAUCAGCCCAGAGGUUGUUUCAGGGUUCAAUCUGUG